AUAGGCGCUCACACGUCUUUUAGAUGUGAAGGUGCUUCUCUGUAUACCUAAGACGUUCAAUGUCACAAUCUAAACAUUACUUUUAAUUUCUUUACUCUUUGUUUAUUUUCAUUUGGUCUGAUUCUUUCUCAAACUAUAUAUAGUAACACCACGAAUUUCAUGGGAAAAUAGUAUUCUCUUACCACAACCACAUCUGUCUCCCUUGGCCUUUAACAAAACACCCUCCUCUCUUGCAUUCUUUCCUCUAUUCCCUUCUCUAAUUCUCGUAUUCGCUUUCGUUGUUCGCCUUUCUUCUCUUAGAUCUCCCUUAAUUCUUACGUUGUUCAGCUGAUCUUGUUAGUCUUACAUCAGAGAACAAGAGAACAGAGGAAAUAUUAAGUUAGAUUAUUUCUGUUUUUAUCAUUGACUUUGAAAAGAGGGAGCAGAUUAGAUCUGUUUUGCUCCCUUAACUACUUUCCAAUGCAUAUGCAUCGGUCAUCUUCGUCGCCGUCGUUUUUGCCAUCAAUAUGCUCUGUUCAUACUUUCAUUGGCUUAGCCGUGAUCUUAUGUGUGUAUUUCACAUUACAGACCUCAAUAUCACUCCAAGAUAAAUCUCUUCCAUCUGAACAAAUCAAAACUACCCUGCCUUCGUCUAUUCUUCUACCUCAACAAUACGAUUCCAAUGACAUGAAUUUCAAUGAGAUUCCGACGAUGGAGCAACCACCUCCUCACUCCAAUGAAAAAACAAUACUCCGUUCUCCUCCGAAAGCAGAGAUCCUAGGCUUAGCCCGAGACUUUGACAUUGCUUGGGGAAAUGGUAGAGGAACUUUUCAUGAUAAUGGUACGCUUCUUACUCUUUCCCUAGAUAAAAACUCGGGUUCUGGAUUUGAGUCCAAGAACAGAUUUCUGUUUGCAAAGAUUGAUAUGAAGAUUAAGCUCAUUCCUAAUAACUCUGCUGGUACUGUCACUACUUUUUACAUGUCCUCGAAUGGAUCAACCCAUGAUGAGAUAGAUUUCGAGUUCUUAGGUAAUGUGAGUGGCCAGCCCUAUACUAUACACACCAAUAUUUACUGUCAAGGGAAAGGAAAUCGCGAGCAACAAUUUUACUUGUGGUUUGAUCCUACAGCGGAUUUUCAUAGUUACUCGAUUCUGUGGAACCCUGCUAGAAUUGUGUUCUUCGUAGAUGGUACGCCAAUUAGGGAGUUUAACAACAUGGAAGAAUUUGGUGUGCCUUUCCCAAAUAAGCAGCCCAUGAGAAUAUUCUCGAGUUUGUGGAAUGCUGAUGAUUGGGCUACUCAAGGUGGAAAAGUGCAUACUGAUUGGUCCAAAGCUCCAUUUGUUGCCUCUUUUAAGAACUUUAAAGCAAGUUCUUGUGUUUGGUCUCAUGGAUCCUCGUCGUGUGGGUCAGAUGACUUGGAUUCUGAAUCGUCGGGUUUUGAGAAUGCUUGGUUAAGGGAGGAGUUGGAUUCAAAGAGUUUAAGGAAAAUGAGACGGGUGCAACAGAAUUACAUGACUUACAAUUAUUGCGAUGAUAAGAUGAGAUUUCAUGAAGGGCUUCCUAAAGAAUGUACUACUAAAGGGUCUAACAGAGGAAGACAGUCACAGUUUCGAUGAUUCUAUUUCAUUUUUGUUAUUACAUUUUUCUUUUGUAUUUCCUCCCUUUUUAUUUUCUUAGUUUAUAUCUUUUUUGUGAGUUCGUUGUAAAAUCAUAUUAGUCAUACCACGCGGGUUAAUUACAAUGUAUUACACUAUAAUACGAAGUAUUAUUUACAUGUAAUUACAAAUUUAAAUUGAAGAUGAGGAUGUUGUUUACAUGAUUUU